AUGUCUGCCACAACAGUUUACGUCAAGAACAUCGCCGGUACCACGGAUGACAAGGAGAUCCGUGACUUCUUCAGCUUCUGCGGCAAGAUCACCAGCCUCGACGUCAAGGCUGAGGGCGAGACCAAGUCCGCGACCGUCACCUUCGAGAAGGAGACCGCCGCCAAGACCGCCCUCCUUCUGAACAACACCCAGCUUGGCUCAACCCACAUCUCCGUCGAGUCUGCGACCGGCUCGUCCCCUGAGGAUGCUGAUAACCACACCACCAAUGCCGAGCGGGAUUCCGACGAGAUCACACAAGAGGAGAAGCCCCGGGCGCGGAUUGUUGCCGAGUACCUCGCACACGGCUACGUCGUUGGUGAUGCUGCGAUCCAGCGAGCGAUCGAGCUUGACCACACACAUGGCGUCUCGAGUCGAUUCCUGAACACUCUGACUGGUCUCGACAAGAAGUACCACGCCACCGACCGGGCUGUGACCGCUGAUCAGAACUAUGGCAUUACCCAGCGGGCAAACACGCUCUGGUCUGGUUUCAACUCAUACUUCGAGAAGGCUACCAACACCCCCACCGGCAAGAAGCUCGUCGACUUCUAUACACAAAGCCAGAAGCAGGUCACAGACAUUCAUACCGAGGCCCGCCGUCUUGCCGAUCUCAAGAAGAACGAGCACGGUGGCUCUGCGUACAAGGCUUCCGGUCUGGAGCGCGUGUUUGGUGCUGAGAAGCCUAAGAGCGAAGCUCCCUCCUCCGGCCCAGGUGCUCCCGCCGCUCCUGGUGCUGCCACCACGACGGAGACGACUCAGCCCGUAAAGCCUGCUGAGGGUGGUAUUGGCCUUCAAGAGUCUGCUACGAUUCCCCCGCCUGAGAAGUCCGGUUAG